CAAGGCUAGGUAUUUUCCAGGCUCUCGCCCUUAGCACAGCCCCUUUCCUGGACUACAAGAAGAGUAACUUUCUCAGCCCACCUCUCUCUUCUAGCGGCAGCAGCUCUAAUCUCCUCUCCCACCUUCGCGGGGUGCACAGACCCACCUGCGAGGUCAGCCCUGCGAGCCCCGCCCCACAUGUGCCACGGAGGGAGGAGGAAAGAACCUGCCUAAACGUAGGGGGUGGGGAAAGACGCAAGUCAGAGCUUGGGGAGCCAAACUUCUCAGCAGCUCGGCAACUAGAGAGCAAGGGAGCAAGAGAGCGCAGCGGCCCUAAGCCUGCUGUUCCGGAGCCUCCCACCCCGCCUCCCUCGGCGAGGAGGUGCGGAGACUCCGCUGGGGGCGGAGGAGGCGGCCGGGAGGCGGGGAGGGGGAGGCAAACCCUGCCCACUCGGCUCGGAGCCCGGAACGGCCGCGGAAGUCGGAGGCCGGAGCGCAGGGCGAGCAGGGCACCGGGGGCGGGGGGCUCCUGCCUUACCCCUGUUGCCUCCCACUCAGCAAAGUGAAGGCUUCUCGGACUUUCCAGGCAGAAGAAACCGAUCGGGACUGCCAGCCGCUCCGGGUCAAGGUCUAACCCAUCCCCACCCUCCCGUGCCACCCCCACCCCAUCAUCACCAAGCGCUCCCAACUCACUGGUGAGCGCGGCGGGCCAGGGGCUGGAUGCGGGGACGGCCGCGAUGGCCCCGCGCGCGGGACAGCGGGGGCUCUGGAGCCCGCUGCCAGGGCUGCUGCUCGUGGCGGCGGCGCUGAGCCGGCCCGCCGCGCCCUGUCCCUUCCAGUGCUACUGCUUCGGCAGCCCCCGGCUGCUGUUGCGCUGCGCGUCGGGCGCGGAGCUCCGGCAGCCGCCGCGGGACGUGCCGCCCGACGCGCGCAACCUCACCAUCGUGGGCGCCAACCUGACCGUGCUGCACGCUGCCGCCUUCGCGGGAGGGGACGAGGAGGAGACGGACGGCGUGCGCCUGCCGUUCCUCACCGCGCUGCGCCUCACGCACAACAACAUCGAGGUGGUGGAGGACGGCGCCUUCGACGGGCUGCCCAGUCUGGCGGCGCUCGACCUGAGCCACAACCCGCUUCGCGCCCUGGGCGCCCGUGCCUUCCGCGGGCUGCCUGCGCUGCGCUCGCUGCAGCUCAAUCACGCUCUGGCACGGGGCAGCCCCACGAUGCUGGAUGCACUGGACGCCGCGCUUGCCCCACUGGCCGAGCUGCGUCUGCUGGGCUUGGCGGGCAACGCGCUGAGUCGCCUGCCGCCUGCCGCGCUGCGCCUGCCUCGCCUGGAGCAAUUGGACGCGCGUGGCAAUGCGCUGGCCGGCCUGGGCCCCGACGAGCUGCGCGCGCUCGAGCGCGAUGGCGACCUGCCCCGGCCGCGCCUGCUGCUGGCCGACAACCCGCUGAGCUGCGGGUGCACCUCGCGCCCCCUGCUGGCCUGGCUACACAAUGCCACCGAGCGCGUGCCCGACGCGCGCCGCCUGCGCUGCGCCUCCCCGCGCGCGCUGCUGGAUAAGCCUCUGAUGGACCUGGAUGAGGCGCGACUGGGUUGCACCGACGGCGAUGCUAACGAGCGCGGGGAAGAGGUGGACGUCGCCGGCCCGGAGCUAGAAGCCUCUUACGUCUUCUUCGGGCUGGUGCUGGCGCUCAUCGGCCUCAUCUUCCUCAUGGUGCUGUACCUAAACCGCCGUGGCAUCCAGCGCUGGAUGCGCAACUUGCGCGAGGCCUGCAGGGACCAGAUGGAGGGCUACCACUAUCGCUAUGAGCAGGAUGCAGACCCGCGCCGCGCUCCUGCUCCGGCUGCCCCCUCUGGCUCCCGGGCCACUUCCCCGGGCUCGGGUCUUUGAGCCUCACCUCCCUAACGGGAGGCUGCCCCUGUCAGCUGAUGACUUUACUGGGGCCACCCAGCCUUCCCCUGCCUGGCCUGAGCCCUGGAGAUGACACACCAAUGAGUCUGGAACUUCGAGACCUUUGGAUCAAUCCUAGCAUCUCUCCCAUCCCAAAGCUCCAAAGUGUACUCUUUUCCCCUGGCCUGAGAAUUUCCAGGUCAAAAACCCAGAGAUGCCCCCAUCUGUUUCCAGAAACAAAUCCUUACUGUCCAUCCUUCCUGGACCAUUGAAAUCCCUUCUCCCUAUCUCGGCUCACCCAAAGACCCUGCUCUUCCAUUUUGAAAUCUCUAGCACUUUCUCCACCACUCUACAUGCUUUGAGCCAGACACCUUGGCUAGACUGCACUGAUCCCUGGCCCCAUUUAGGAGCCCUCCUCAGUCCUUUCUCAUAGCUCAGGGGGUCUACAUACCUUCUGGUCUUAUCGGAAGGUUUUUGUGGAGUUUGAGCCUUUUGUCCCACCCCAAAAUUCUGAGCCCUCCAUCUUGUAAUCCACACCCGGAGGCUCUGUGGCUUGAGUGGCCUCUCCUAGUCUGACGUGCUUCCUAUCCUGGUUUUAGUUCAGGCUCCUCCAUUCCUUGGCCCUGGCCGGGUGUCAGCUCCCAGACCCAUCUCUCUCAACCCACGGACAAGCCUUGGUGUAGAAUCCAUCCAUAGCCUUUCCACGGGGCUCUGAUGCCCCAGUGCUCAGUGUUUGUCCUCAGUCUCAAACUCAGCUCUUCACCUCAGUCACUUUCAGGCCCUGCCCCAAGUCCUAGGCUCUCAGUUCCCUGGACACCCAUCACUGGCACUUUUACCUGCCCCUGCCAUUCACGGGUCAGGGUCCAGAGAAGAAUCUCCCCAUGGUGGAGAGCUACCCACUGCCCUCUGAGGAGGAGUUCUCCCAUCCUGUAGGCAUGUAGGCAGACCCUGGUGAGAAAGAGAGCAUGUGAGGUGCGCAGGGCCUCCAAACCAGGGCCACUGGUCCACCUGGGAGAGGCUGGGAACUGCUGCCCAUCGCUGCCCAUCUCAUUCACCUGUGCUUUUCCCACCCAUGUGGUCCUCCCCCCCCCCCCCUGGAACUCCUGGCUACCACCUCUCAUGCCUUCUGGAGAAGGAUAGAGUCUGACCUCUUGUCUCAGUCACAGGCCUUCCUGCUCAAGGUCAUGGCCUCAGCGCCCUGCCUUCUGCAUGAUCCCAAAGCACAAAGUGAGUGAGGAGGGACUGCCUCCCCGUCUCUCACCCUACGUCAGGCAGAAUGGCAGGCCUGUGCUGCCUCUGCACAGGAAGUCUUCCUUCUCUGGGUGUUGGCUCGAGGCCCGCCUUCCCACCCUCAACUGAGAAAUCUGGACCUCCCUUGGGCUGUUUUCUAUAAAGUCUGCAAUAAUCUCCGAUACUCUC